UGAUCAAAAUUCUCUCCCCCAAAACAAAACCCUUUUUUCCUCAAUUACGACUGUUUACUACUUCCCUCUUCAUCUUCUUCUUUUCUGCGAGUAGCCUCUGUAGAGGUAUGUUCAUGCCGCGACUGUGAUUUCCAGAUUUAUCUUUUAUAUUAUUACAAUAUUUAAAUGGCAUCAGCCCUUUUAAGUAGAACACUCGUUGGACUUCGUUCCCUAAAAACCUGCUCACUAAAGCAGCCCCAAAUCUUUACUUCUUUCCUCAGUCAGAAGGACACAUUCCAAAGACGGAGUGGGAGUUCCUGUUUUGUGUUUACAACCUCUAAUUUGAUCCGUUCUGCUGCGGAUUCUUCAAGGAGUAGUAGAACAAUGGCUACUUUUGCAACUCAAUCUGUUUCAACCAAUGAACCUGUUGUAUCUAUUGAUUGGUUACAUGCCAAUCUAAGGGAGCCCGAUGUGAAGGUGCUAGAUGCUUCGUGGUACAUGCCAGAUGAGCAGAGGAAUCCAUUUCAAGAAUUUCAGGUUGCCCAUAUUCCCGGUUCCCUUUUCUUUGACGUGGAUGGUAUUUCAGACCGAAAAUCAAAUUUACCACACAUGCUACCAUCUGAGGAAGCUUUUGCUGCUGCGGUUUCAGCUCUUGGCAUUGAGAACAAAGAUGGAUUGGUUGUUUAUGAUGGAAAGGGGAUUUUCAGUGCUGCCCGUGUUUGGUGGAUGUUUCGAGUAUUUGGACACGAUAAAGUUUGGGUGUUAGAUGGAGGCUUGCCUCAAUGGCGUGCUUCAGGAUUUGAUGUGGAAUCUAGUGCCUCUGGAGAUGCUAUUCUUAAAGCUAGUGCUGCAAGCGAAGCAAUAGAGAAAGUCUAUAAUGGGCAAACAGUGGCUCCAGUUACGUUUCAGACCAAUUUCCAGCCCCAUCUUGUUUGGACGCUUGAACAGGUUAAAAAGAACCUUGAGACCAACGCAUACCAACAUGUAGAUGCUCGAUCAAAAGCCAGGUUUGAUGGGGUUGCAGCAGAGCCACGGAAGGGUGUAAGAAGUGGCCAUGUACCAGGCAGCAAGUGUAUUCCUUUUGGCCAGAUGUUGGACGGUUCCCAGAGCCUCUUACCUGCCGAGAAGCUUAAGAAAAGAUUUGAAAAAGAAGGCAUCACUUUAGACGCACCCGUGGUUGCAUCUUGUGGAACAGGUGUUACAGCUUGCAUUCUUGCUAUGGGUCUCCAUCGACUUGGGAAAUCUGAUGCUCCAGUAUAUGACGGUUCAUGGACUGAAUGGGGAGCUCACCCUGACACACCUGUCUCUACUACUGCAGCUACUAGUUAAAACUGGGCGUAUAGUUAUUAAGGUUGGAUGACCAGUUUUACAUGCAUAGUUUGAUGAUGUUUAAUUACAAUUAUAAAGAUUCAGAAAAGAAAUUUGGAGAAGGCAGUGUACUUGAAACCAUAUCAUUUACUUUCUCCCUCAAUAUUCUCGUGUUGCCAGUGUUUUCUCCUGUAACUUAAAGGGUUUUGAACGAGUAUGAAAGAGUAAUCGGAAUGGAAUCAUGGAAAGAAACUAGUGCGAGAUUGGUGCUCUCUGGAAAUUUAGUUGUCAGUUGGAAUUGGUACCAUUCAACUGUUUAAUAAAAGCAACAGUCUCUGUAAUCUUCUCAGUAUAGUUUUCAGAUAUUAUGUUGGUAGGUAGUUCUCCCCAAUGUUUUUUACUGUGAACUGCAUACCCGAAGGGGAUGGUUUAUUAAGAAUUUUCAAGCUUGUGCA